AUGUCGAAGGCGUCCUCACUUCCAUCUCCACACAGCUGCUCUGAAAGCGUUCCGGUCAAUGACAAGCGCCCAGGAUUUACUGAAGUUCAGCAGUCCUGCUGGGCCAUGGGUGCCACCAGCUCACUCGCAGAUCGCAUCAACAUCAAGAGGAAAGGGACGUGGCCUUCUGCUUACCUGUCAGUGCAGAAUGUGAUUGACUGUGGAGGGGCAGGCUCGUGCUAUGGUGGAGAUCAUAUGGGCGUGUAUGCAUAUGCACAUGAGCAGGGCAUUCCUGACGAGACCUGCAAUAAUUAUCAGACCCGAAAUCAGAAUUGUGAGAGAUAUAAACUCAUUGAUGCAAGAUAUAAAGUCACAAUUCUCCAAGAUUAUGGAGACGUCUCAGGACGAGACCGAAUGAAGGCUGAGAUUUACAAAAAUGGGCCAGUCAGCUGUGCAAAAAUGGCCACUAAAGGCCUGGAGGCAUAUGAUAGAGGAGUUUUUGCCGAAUUUCACAUUCUGUCCAUGCCGAAUCACAUCAUCUCAGAGGCAGAAUGGAGCAUCACAGAGGACGGGACCGAAUACUGGACCGAUACUUCUCCUCUCUGGUGGAAUUGGGGCUGGGCCAGGAUUGUCACCAGUGCAUAUAAGGGAGGGAAAGGAAACUGGUACAAUCUGGCCAUGGAGCACGACUGUGUACACGGAGACACGAUCCUUACAUAGAUCAGGAGGAGCCAUCUGGAGCAGUCCCUCUCAUUGAAUUAGGAUUGACUGGGAUCAGACCUCACCGAGCAACAUUGACACUAUUUAUAAUUGCUAAGAAAUAUAAGUCUUCUUGUGUUCUGGGUGUAAAUAAUUGUUGUCAUAUCAAACAUGGGAAAUGUUACAUUAAAAUGUUUGUCGUAGAGUGAGAAUGAAAAUGAGUGAUAGUACACAAUUAAGUGAUACUUAAUUAUUUUGUUAAAAAUCAACAUGUAAAAUUUGCCAAACACUUGGGAGUUUAAAAGGUUGGAAACUUGAAUUUAAUAUUGAAAUAUUGCACAUCAUAAAUCUGAACUCUGCCUAUAAUUGCAUUUUAAUAUAUUUGUUUUUGUUCUAAACAGAACACUAACCUGUUAAAAAAUCAGGGAUUUUUUUUACCCAAAAAUGAAAUUAAAUCUGUCAUGAUUUAAUCACCCUGAAGUUGUUUUCUUCUGUUGAACACAAUAGAAGAUAUUUUGAAGAAUUUUGGUAUGCAUACAGUUGACUGUAGCCAUUGACCUCCAUUGUAUUUUUUUUUUUUUCAUAAUGACUUUGCAAUGUACAGAUCAUAAAGCAUGCAAAUACAUGAAUGCAUGUUUGUGUUAUUAAA